CAUCAAAACGUUGGAACUACUUCGCUCGAGGUAUUAUGUAAGAAAAUAAGCCCUGUAAGCGAGAAAUUCUCGAAGCCGGACCUCCGGGGGACGGAAAUCCGGGACAGAAAAAUCUGAUUGACAAGCCAACUUUCGGCAUAGUAGAAAUCUCAGUAGUGAAGCACGUUUCUCGGAAUUUGUAUUAGCAUCAUGAAAAUUCUUUGCCUCCAUGGUGACGGAGAGAAUGAAAAUAUAUUCAAAUCUAACCUAGAUUCUCUAUUGAAAAGAUUACAGCACUCAAAUACUGAACUCUUGUUUGAUUUUGCCAAUGGCCCUUUGCAAUGUCCAGAUUUGUUAGCAAAGGAUUCACAGUCUCCCCAACCACCUCAUUUCAAGUUUUAUGAUAAGGAGGAAGCCGAAGAUAUUCGCAAGGCCGGCGAGUGGUUAGCGACGAAACUAGAUAGUGAUGGGCCUUAUGAUGGCUUGAUCGCGUUUUCUCAAGGCGUCACCGUUGUUUCCGGCUUCCUCCUAUACCGGCAAUGGUAUGACCCCGAGUUAUCGCCCGCGUUUAAGUUCGCCAUUUUCAUUAGCGGAAGUAUUUCGCUCAAGGUUCUGAAGGAUAUCGGGGCCCCAGUCUCAAAAGAGGCAGAGACUGCAAUAACGCAGGCCGUACUACAGCGCGAUCAAGUGCUUGGCCCGCUAUCGGCUCAUGUGACGAAGGCACGACGGGCUGUGUUUAAUUCGGAUGAUUGCUUCGGCCUGAAUCUGAACAGAUUGCCCCUGGAGCUAAAGAUCAGGAUACCGACAGUCCACAUAUGGGGAGAGAAAGAUCCCCUGUUCCCAAGCUCGAUCCACCUCGCAGGUCUCUGUGAUCCAUAUAUCAGAAAGAUCUAUACACACUCAGGAGGACAUGAGAUUCCCCAAGAAGAGAACGAAUUGAUGCAGAUAACGCCGUUGAUAGAAUGGUGUAUACAUCGAGGUAGCUGGCCGGGUCAGACACAGUUAUAGAGGUCGAAGGACAGGAUCAAUGUAAACACCCUAUUACCCCUAUCUUCAAAAACCUGGUAUAUGUACCUAGUCAGUGGGUAUUGAGGAUGAAUGCCAAGGAACUUAAAUAGGGGUAUUCUUAAACGCAACAGCGCCGUGAUUACUAAACAUCUCAUCCUAUUUCGACUUCAAUUCAUCAUUUCUCUGCACAAAUGAUACUCUUGGAUGUCCCGCUUGGAC